AUGGCGGGGAAAAUUAAGCUCCUGGCUUGGCUAAUAGCCAUUUGCCUCCUCCCUGGGUUGACAACAACCCAGCACCAUGAAGGACAGCGCAUGGACAACACCAGUGUGGCAGGUGACCUGCAGGAGCCAGAAGCCCCGGAAGUGAUGUUUGAGCUGCUCUGGGCCAGGCUGGAGCUGGAUGUCAUGGGGCAGCUGCACAUCCAGGAUGAGGAGCUGGCGUCCACCCGUCCAGGCCGCCGACUCGGGCUCCUCCUGCAGCACCACGUGCCCAGUGACUUGGAGGGCGCUGAGCAGCGGCUGCAGCAGUUCCAGGACCGGAGGAAGGGGCCUCCUCUUAGCCCUUGGGAUUUUCAACAUCUGCUCCUCACCGGCCUGUCCUGUGUCUACCGGCUCCACAAGGCUCUGGAGGCUGAGGAGAGGGGUCGCUGGGCCCAGGUCUUUGCCCUCCUGGCACAGGAAACACUCUGGGACCUGUGCAAAGGCUUCUGCCCUGAGGGCAAGCCUCCUUCCUUGGAGCCCUGGUCCUCAAUCCUUGACCCUUUCCCCUGA